AUGACUGAUAAGUUGAGUAAAAUUGCUGAGUUAAAAGCAAGACUGGCAAAGAGAAAAGAGCUUGCAGAAAGUGUAAAAAUAACUCAGGAAGAAAAGAAACCAAAGACAGACAAUGUUUCAAAGGAAAGAGUCGAAAAGUUUCUUGAAAAUACUCCUAAGGUUGUUCCAUUAAAAAAAAAGAUGAGAGGCUUAAAAUUUGAUCAAGAAAUAAUAGAGAAAAGGGAAGAAGAAAAGAAAAGUGAAAGGAUACAUUACCAACUCAUCCAAAAAGGAAUUUUAAAAGGUAAUGAAACGAUAGAAAAAGAAGGGGUUAGUGAACCAUCAGGUCAAAUAGAAUGGUGGGAUAAAAUUUAUUUUACUUCAGACCAAAUAACAGAUUACCCCAACCUUGAAAUGAAAGAAGUUGAAUCAAUUUUGAAUGGUGUUGAUGGCGUUGUAAAAGUGAGUGUUAUAGACAAUAAAAUUGAACACCCUGCAAAACAAGAAAUAAUUGACUCUGGGGCUAUUCAAAUCAAGACCAUCUUAACACCAAAAGAACAGAAACGAUUAAGGAAAUUACAAAGAAAAGAACGUUUUGAAGAAGAAAGAGAAAAAAUUAUGAUGGGAGUAAUCGCACCACCAAAAGUCAAGUUAAAACUAUCAAACAUGGCAAAGCUUUAUCCAGAAGAAAUAGUGAUCAACCCUAGUGGAGUAGAAGAAAUGGCUCGAAAAGAGAUGGAACUUAGAAAACAAGAGCAUGAAAGACAAAACCAUGAAAGAAUGAAAACCCCAGCUGAAAAGAAAAAAAUAAAGAAAGAAAAGAAUGAGAAGGCUAUUGAGACUCAAGGAAUUUUUAUGGAAGGGUUCAAAUUUAAAUCAAUUGAUGAAAAGAUGAUCAACAAAUGUCGUCACAAAAGCAAAGAACUUUUUAUGAAAGGAGUUAUAUUAUACACCGACUCCAAGGGAUUGAUUAUAGUUGAAGGGACUCAAAAGUCAUUAGUUAAAUUUGAGAAAAUGAUAACUAAAGAAAAUCAAAAGAUUGGAGAAAAUCAAUACAUUAAAUUAUGGGAAGGAAAACGCCAAUCUUUUUCUUUUAAUUCAUUAACAAGCGAAAGAUAUGUAGAAGAGAAAAGUGUGAUUGAAAUUUUACAAUUAAAACAAUUAGAAUUUCUAUGGAAAAUUAUUUGA